AAUUCUUCGCUUAGGCCAUAGUUAAUGGCGGACGACAACAGCGGAAAUGACGGCGUUAAUGUUUUUCGGUUGUUCUUUUCUUGGUUUUGGACCUGCACUGGCACUGUUUGUAUUAACUGUUGCCCCUGAUGCACAGCAAGUAAUCGUGAUGAUAACAAGUUCAUUCUUUUGGCUUUUGGCUCUUUUUCUUUCCUCACUAUUCUGGAUAGCAGUUGUACCACUGAAAAGCUAUUUGGUUUUCGGUGUUACAUUUUCAGUUCUGUUUCAAGAACUUUUUCGGCUGGCAUUUUGGAAGAUUUUGAAGAAAGCAGAGGAAGGACUCAUCUCAAUAACAGGAUCACAUUCUCCUUUGAGGAAAUUGAGAUUUCAUUAUGUGUCUGGUCUUGGCUUUGGUAUCAUGAGUGGUUUGUUCGCAAUGGUUAAUGUAAUGGCUGAUAUAACUGGUCCAGGAACUGUUGGUCUCUACGGAGAUUACAAAGAUUUCCUUGUUGUGACAGCCUUGCUGACUAAUUGUUUUGUGCUUUUAAACACUUGUUGGGGCAUUCUGUUUUAUGAUGGCUUGGAGAAAAGGUGCUGGUUCCGCUUAACAAGUGUUCUUCUGUCUCAUAUGUUAGUCUCCUUGCUGACCGUAUUGAACUCUCGGGGAUUGUAUCUUGUUCCACUGCUUGUGAAUUAUGGUGUAUUGGUUGUGUAUCUACUCUGGGCUUUGAAAGUUGUUGGAGUAAGUUUUGCCAAUGUGAAGAAAUCGGUUUUCCCUAAUUAGAAUCAUGACUUUUUUAUAUUGCUAUUAUGGUAAUAUCCACAAUACUUGACUUGUAAACCUGUAAAAAAUGUAUGAGCCAUUGUAUAAAUGUAGUUUUAUGUCAGAUUUACCAAAUUCGAUCUUAUAAUUUUCUUAUAUUAA